AGUUACUAUUUUCAAAGCGAAGAAAGAAUCAUGAUGUGGGCUCAUUGUCAUAGGAUAAAUGCUGGUAUAAAUACGAAUAUGGCCAUUGAAAGUUUAAAUAAGUUAUUGAAGUAUAAUAAAAUGAAUGGGCAGAGAAAUCUCCGUGUUGAAAAAUUACUGGAUUUGUUAGAUGAACUUGUAGAUGAGAAAAUGUGGAAGCGAAUUAUAAACACAGAAAGACCUAAUGCGAAUAAUUACCAACACAAAAUAACCGUAGAAGCACACAAAAAAGCCGAACAGAUGAAGGAUAAUGUACAAUACUCAGAAUUUGGAACAUUCAAGGUACAAUCAUGUACA